AUGUUUCUCGUACGCCGUCCAACAAUUCCUAUCCGGUUCCCCGCAGUUAACGCUAGGAAAGCAUUAUGGGGGGCAUACAAGAGCCCGAGUGGGAAGGAGGAGGAACAGAUUAAACAGAAAAGGAAAUGGCUUGCAGAGUUCAUUCCCGAAUCGAUCCCACGAAAAAAUUGUGAUCUAGUAUUCUCAAGAGCUUCAGGACCCGGUGAGAAUUGUCACCUACAAUUUCAGAUCGUGAGGCUAAUUUUUCCUCCUAAGGCGGGCAGAACGUGAACAAGUAUAGACUUAAACCUCCCAUUGUGGGUGGACUUGUUACUAACAUGGAGUAGAGUGAAUUCCAAAGUCACCCUCAAACUGGAUUUAUCUACUAAGGGUGAUUUUAUUCCGCCAUACGUGCUCGAUGAGGUUCUGAAAAAGGUGGGGCUAGCUCUCCAAAGUAGUUUGCUAGAGACUUUCUGAUCAGAUUGUGUGAAACAGUCGAAGCACUUGACCAACAAUAAUGAAAUUAUCAUUCGGUCGGACUCUUCGAGGAAACAAGUCGAAAAUAUCGAGAAUUGCUUUCGCAAGUUGUAUACCAGUAUCAGGGAGUGUGUCCAGGUGCCUGGUGAGACGAGCGAAGAUACUAAGAAGCGAAUUGAAAAGUUGUACGUUCACCCUGCAUUAUAGGACUUCGGAGAGCUAUACUGAGCUUAAUCUAUGUACAGAGAAAAAGAUGGCAAGGAAAAGAGGUUGAGGGAGAAAAAGGCGAAUAGCUCGAAAAAGACUUCGAGAAAAGGCGGUAGGGAUGAGUUUUAA